CCCGGACCCUCGUGUACGUCAUACAGUGUGGGGAUGUGUUAUUGGUGCUGCGUUUAAUAUGCUGCCAAAUUGUUGUAGCCAGUCGGCAAUACAGAGGAUUUCUUCCAUAGAAAGAGCUAAGGAUGCCAGGAAUGCAACUCUUCUGAAUAUACCUCUGGCGGCAACCUUCGCUUGCAGCCUUGCAUUGACUGGCCUGGUGCUUUAUGCAUACUUUGUUAUAAAAGCAUGCGAUCCUUUGGCUGGUGAUCAGGUGUCAAAUCCGAAUCAGUUGAUGAUAUAUUUCGUCAUGAAUACGUUAAGCGAUGUACCAGGACUGGCUGGGAUUUUUCUUGCAGCAGUUUUCAGCGGAGCGUUAAGUACCUUGUCGUCGGGUAUAAACUCAAUGGCUACAAACGCUCUUCAGGAUAUCCUGUCUGGAUACUUACAGGAGGCUCAACAAAUUAAAAAGACAUUCAUUUUAAAACUAUUAGUGCUAGUAUACGGCAUUUUGACUGUUGUAUUAGCGUAUCUAUCACAGUAUUUGACAGGUCCGGUGACACAGAUUUAA